AUGGAACAAGAAUGUUCUUGUGCCAACGAUGCCAAAACACUCAAAGCAACAUUUUUUCAGGCCUUAUUGAGUAAUGAUUAUCAAAAUUUGAGGGUGCUCUUGAGGCAGAAGAAGAUAGAUGUCGAUACUGUUUUUGAAGUGGAAGAUGAAGACAUGGUUCUGGCAUCUUACAAACAAGGUUACUGGCUGCCAAGUUACAAGCUAGGGACAUCCUGGACAGCCGGGUUGCACUUAGCAGUGAUGCUUGGUAACCUAGAGAGUAUCACAGUGUUACUAAAUAAUGAUGCUGGCAUAGACUAUCAACCAAAUGGGAAAACGCCUUUACAUGUUGCCUGUGAGGUGAACAACAGGGACUGUGUUAGUAUGCUACUACGCCAUGGAGCUAAAGUAAACUCAUACUCAAUGAGCGGACAUACGCCGUUACAUUUGUGUAAAACCAAGACGUCAAUCUCCUGUGCAAAACUGCUGAUCUGGAAUGGCGCAAAGUUAAAUGCACAGGCUGAGAAUGAUUAUAAAGAAACACCACUGCACACAGCUGUACAAUUUGGUGUACCUGAACUUGUGGCCCUUUAUGUUGACCACGGAGCCGAUGUUAACAGUGUCAAUAUCUAUUUGGAAACCCCACUCAUUACAGCAAUUUACUGGGCACUAGACAUGAAAGAACAGAAAUACAGCGAGAACCACCAUCUGAUCUGUAGAAUGCUAAUUGACUACGGAGCUUCUGUCAAUGCAAAAGAACGGGAUUAUAAAACUCCACUCCAUAAAGCUGCAUGGAAUUGCGACCACUUGCUUAUGCAGAUGUUGUUAGAGUCAGGUGCUUUUGCUCGGUCAAUGGACGUUAAUGGCUGUGCCCCUCUGCAGUACCUGUUGAAGGUCACGGGAGUGCGACCAGCAGCAAAACCUGAAAUUUGUUACCAAUUGUUGCUAAACCACGGAGCUGCAAGGAUUUAUCCUCCACAGUUUCACAAGGUUCUACAGUCAUGUUGUACCUGUCCAAAGGCAGUUGAAGUCAUGAUCAAUUCUUAUGAAUCUAUUCACUCUACAGCAAAAUGGAGAGCGGUUAUACCUGAUGAUAUUUUAGAGCAACACUCAAAUUUUUAUAAUUCUCUGUUCGAUGUCUGUGGAAGAUCUCCUCGCUCUCUAAUGCACUUAGCUAGAUGCUCCAUUCGAAGAGUGUUAAAAGCAAGGUGCUACAGUGGUGUGCCAAAACUAAACAUCCCACCUCGACUUAAACAAUAUCUUCUAUUAGAGCCAGAAGGUGUGAUAUACUGA